AUGGCUUCUCAUAUAAUCAACUUACUUCAGCGGAUCAAACCUUGGACCAACACCGGUAUUCAUAACGUGACUGUGCCUCUAUUUCCACCGUCAGCAUUAAACCUCGCAAAUCUCCCACCCGAGCUUUUGCACUAUAUCAUCUCAUAUCUCGACCGAGAAUCCGUGAAACAAUCCCGCCUAACAUGCCGAAACCUGUCAUAUUCCGCAACGAUCAGUCUCUUUCGGAGGAUUGUACUAUUCCCAAAUGAUGCAAGCUGCCAGAAUAUGGAAAGAAUCCUGGAGAGCACCGCGAUAAAGUCGGUGUGCCACGAUCACGACACUCCUGCGGUUGCGAAGGCUGUUCUUCCUACACAAGUGAUUACAUUGAUCCAACGACUGAAAGAACUCCCAAACCUGCGCGACGUGGCAUUGCGCUUUGAUGCAAACAUUUCUAUUCCCGAUGAUGAUGAUGAUGAUGAUGUUGCUGAGGGUGUCAGCGCGUUUUGGCACCCUGAAACAGUAGAAUUCCGUUUAGAAACCCUUCGUUUACUGUUUUCCUCGUUGCUUUCGCUGUCCCGUCCACUACGAGGGUUAGCUAUUCAGAGCAUGCAGAAUGUAUGCGAGCAAGAUGAUAAAGAGAUCGCUAUAAUGGCCCUGGUGCUUUGUAAGCUUCAGUCACUUCGACUAAACAUCAUCCAAGACAUUGAGUACUCGGACGAAGACGACUUGUUACUUUCAGACACAAGUCGUACCUUUUAUCCUGAACUUACGACUAAGUGGCUGAAGCCUACUGUGGGGACCCUUCAAAACCUCUGCCUAUGGACCAACGAAGUCUUCGGGUUUUAUCCAAAAAUGCUUCCCAUGCACUUCCCUCACUUGAAAAGUCUGACCCUGGGAAAAUACUGCUUUGUGCAUGAUUCCCAGCUUGACUGGAUUCUCUCACACGCGGCCACUCUACGCGAGCUGUAUCUUUACAGUUGCGUCAUACUAUAUGAAGUACGUAUCUGUAAGAACGAGUUACACCAGUGCUAUCUUAGUGAGAAAGAAAUAAGCGACGGCGAAGGAGUCUAUUCGCAAUAUUACGCCUAUACCUAUCCCAAACGUUGGUCAAACUAUUUUGAUAGUUUUCGAAACGAACUUGUUCAUUUGGGGCAUUUCCGUUUCGGAGGCAAUACUAUACCAACUUGCGAGCAGCCAUUCGAACAGGACCACGAGAUAAAAGUGGACUUGUAUCCGAGCCGUUACUCUGUGUUCGACCAGGCUACACCCCAAAUAUAUAUGCCGGUGCUACAAGACGAGUCGAUGUUCUCUUGGCCUUCUGUAAAUACCCUGGACGAUGCCGAAGCCUUACUGGGGUUAUUGAAAAGGACUGGACAGGAUUCCCAAAUCCAGAGGAAGGGCAUUAUCUAA